AUGUCUUCUUCUGACAGACUGAGCUUCACGGUCAGAAGAAUAUUGGACCUACCAGAUUAUGAAGGCAACAAUAUACAGACAGACUCAAGAAUUAAUUACAACAGGACUACUGCCUACCAAGAAUGGUUGGAAAGUGAGAAGAAUCCAUAUUUGUGUAAGUUACAAAUACAAUGAUAAAGAUAAUUAUGAUGACUUAAGUUGUUAUAUAAUUUUUUAUCACCUUGGGAUAAAAAAUUUACAUUGUAUUCAUUUGAUAAUUAUGUGAUUAGAGGUUCUUCUUUAAUACCAACUUUAAAUUUUUUUAGUCAGUGAUGUAGUCAAUAUAAGUGUAUUGAUUAUUUGAAAUAAGUUAUUAAACAUAUUUUUUUAUGUUUUCCAGCAUCAGAUGAGAGUGGCUCAGAGGCAACAUUACCGGAUACAAUUCAAAGGGUGGAGGAGUCUUCUCAUACUCCAGAAGAGGACAAGAAGAAAAAACGUAGAGUCCUUUUCUCAAAGGCCCAGACCUUGGAACUGGAGAGAAGAUUUCGUCAACAGCGUUACCUGUCUGCCCCAGAAAGAGACCAGCUAGCUCAUAUCCUUCACCUGACCCCAACACAGGUCAAGAUCUGGUUCCAGAACCAUCGCUACAAGAUGAAGAGGGCAAAACCUGAGGGAAGCAGUUCUCUACCUUUCCUAAAACAAGUCAUGGUACCAGUACUGGUCAGAGAUGGGAAGCCAUGCCAUGUUUGUUCUCCUACCAACCACAGACAAAGACUACAGGUGUUUCCCUCACUGCAAUCCACAGCAGCAUUUAACUUUAUCCCCGGUUAUCACCACCAACAGCAUUUGUCUCAGCCAUCAAGCCUCUCCUGGAGAUGGUGA